AUGCCACCGGUGCCUUGUCCCCCAGGGCAGCCACUGUUUGCCCCUCCCAUUUUGGCCACGUCCAUUCUGAUCGAAGAGCAUGACCAUAGCCACCGUGAUGAUCACGAUGAUCCCAUGGAUGAAGAUGGCAGUGCUCCGGUCGUGCAACGGCGGUGCUCUGCUCCCGAAGCCAGCAGCACUGGCCAUUCGUUUUCCUCACAGGACUGCGUCAAGAGUUGCAAGGGUGAAACGGGAAACCUAGGGCACAUGUUCUGUGAGACCAAGCGCACUGCCAUGCGGCAAAAGUUGCACAGUCGAGACUACAGACUCUCAAGCGAUGAGAUGGUCUUUGUAGAAGCCGCCGUGAAGCUUUCUAAAGGGUUUGCGCCACCCGCUUUCGCACCAUUGACCUUGUCCAAACCAUCAUUGCCGCACCACGUCAUCCAAGGACGCUUCUGA